GCUGAGCCAAGAUGGGUUUGGCCGAAGAGAAAGUGUAUGAAUACAUUAUGAAAAACCUAAAGAAUUUCAAGAACAUCCGUGUGUCGUCGCUGGCUGAUACCCUGACCUGCCUGACCGAUGCCGACAGAGAUGAACUUCACACCCGGGAGGAAACACGGGGGAGCCAGGCGACUGCUUAUAGGUUUUACCAGCACCUGAAGUGCCGGCAGGGCUGGGUGCCGGAUCUGAUCAACGCGCUGCGCCAGAACAAUGCCGGGCACCUGGCCGAUGAGCUGCAGCACGUGUAUGACACCUGGCAAGCCCGUGCCCAGGCUGCCAGUUCCUUCCCUCCUGCAGCCAGCGAUGCCCAUCUGUCCCUCUCCUCCCUCGGUGCCCAGACGCCGUCCCCGGGGUCGCACCCCGCUCCCUUGGCUCAGCAGCCGCACCGAGACCUGCCCGCUGGCAGCUGCUCGCCUCUCCUGCCUGGCCCUGCCACUGCCAGCAGCACGGACCUGGAUGCCAGGGCCCCGGUGCAGGAAUCGCUCCCCAAAAACUUGCCACAAGAGAGUCCCCAGCCGCUUCCUCCUGGGAGCUCAGUCUGUGAUGGAGAGGGGCACCUCUUGCACCCCACUGAGGCUGUGCAGGUGGCAGCGGGGACCCCCGAGGUGACCAGCGUGGCCGUGCCAUCAUCUGUCCCCCCCGAGCAGGGCCGGGACUGGCUGAGCCGCCGGCAGCACCCAGUCUGUGUAGACAACGGGUGUUUCGGAAAUGCCAACCACUUGCACCGUGGUGCGCCGGGCUUGGGUCUGCACAGAUCUCUGCCGCCAAGGGAUGCAGGCCUUGCUCGCAGCUCCGAGCAGCUCAGGAACGAGCCUCAAGAGGACUCCUACAUCUCCACCGAGUCGUCCCUGAGGCUGGAGGAGGCUGCUCGCAGAGGGGAGCUGCAGCCCCCAGACUCACUGCCAAAAAACCAGCAUGUGCCCAGCUCUAAACUUAGCGAGCCCCUGAGCAGCUCCGUGGAUGUGCGCAGCCCCCUCCUCAUCCAGCAGCAAUUCGAUGCAGAGCAGAAGCAGGUCAGGAUGCUGCGAGAGGACACAGAAAAUGGAGACACUCUGGUGGAAACAACGACCCCACUCGCUACCCUUGUGCCCAGAGACCCCUCCCCAUCCUGUGACACCUCUGUGAAGCCUCCUGUACAAGAGCAAGACCUGCCUGUGGGGGAGACAGCUGGCAGCACCCCCUCUGUGCUGACAAAGGAGAAAGUGCUCCCAGCCUCAGUGGAUUCUCUCCCAGCUGCUGUAGGAAGCUUUGAAGGCAGGUCUGGGAGGAUGGCAUCCCGGGUAAACUCUGCCGCAAGCAUUUGUAUGUCUGGCAGCAACAUGGAGAGGGAUGUGGAGGUCAGCAAGCCAGGGGUCCUCCUCUCCACGGACAGGGAGAGCCCAGAGGCAGCCAGCAGACACCCGAGCUCCCAGGGGCCUGGUGGCCCCUAUUUUAGGCCAUCUGAUAGCCUCACUUUCAGCAGUGACCCGCUCCUGGUGAGCACAGAUAGCUCGAGCUCAGGAGAAACGCUCUCCAGAGUCUCCUCAGGAUGCUCAGCUCCACCAGCUCACGCUGACCCUGGGGAAGAGGAGGCAGCUGGAACAAGCAGAGACUCCCAUCCACUUCCGAGCUGGGUCAGCACCUCCCUGGGCACCCACGAGGUCCACAUGGAGCAUUACCCCAGCUCCCAGCUCGAGGCAGGCAAUGACCUUCAAGAUGGAGCCGGUCCCCUUGGAAAUGCUCUGGUUUUUCGCUCGAGCGAGGGCCGUGGCGCUGUGUCCAGCUCGUCUCAGGCCAAAGUUCCCCCGGUGGACAACAACGGACCAUCCCUGUUCUACAUCGUUCCAGCUGUGGGCAUCGCUGUGAUUUCAGCUGUAGCGUUCCUGGUGUACGCUCGACUGCAGAAAUAGCCUUGGAGUGGAUGGGAUGUCACCACCACCACUCAGCCUGGCCCAUUCCUCUUCAGGGCAGGAAUUCAGCCAAUGCCUUUGAAGCCUGAUGAGCAGAAGCUGGGGGGGAUGAUAGGGGCGUUGUUAAAUCUUUCUGGAAGAUUUUGCUGGAAGAGGCCUUGGUUGUGUGAUGCUGUUGGGUUGGGGUCUGUUCCUCACCCCGCCAUUUCUCAACCUGUCUAUAGCCUUUCUUUGACACACAUAGAGAGGGGCUGACUCAGGGAGU